AUGGCGCUGAAUAAGACGCACGUCAGUAUCGGGUAUGCGACUUUCGGGACCAUCAUGGGAUUCUCUGCCUUUCUGGUGUGGAACAUCGCGUACGGACAGGCCUGGACCGCGGCCAUGGGGGGGCUGUCAGGUGUGCUGGCCCUCUGGACUCUCAUCACUCACGUCAUGUACCUGCAGGACUUCUGGAGGACCUGGUUAAAAGGGCUCAAGUUCUUCCUCUGUGUCGGAGCCGUGUUUUCUGUGAUCGCUGUCAUCGCCUUUGUCACUUUUCUGUCCAUCGCCGUCCACACCAAAGCAUCUCUGUCUGACCCGCGCAGUCUCUACCUCUCCGCCGUCUGGAGCAUGAUGAGCCUGAAGUGGGCGUUGCUGCUGUCGCUGUCCGCCCACCGCUAUCGCAAAGAGUUCGCCGACAUCAGCAUCCUCAGCGACUUCUGA